ACGUAUCAUGGGAGCUUCGAGUGCAGAUGAGUUCUACAGUCUCAUGGGAGAGCUUUCCUCCAGCAUCAUGCAGGGCUCGCUUUUUGAUGGAGACACCAUGGUCAAGUCGGUCUACUCUUUCGGAGACUUCCCAUUCCCACACCUGCACGAGCUGCGAGAGAAGUACACGUACAACAUUCGACCUUUCACCCCUGCCAGCGCCGCAGGGGGUGGGGGCGGGGCCAAGAAGUCGAGCGGGCCCCGUGGAGCCUUCAAGUCGCUGUUCAACAGUGAUGACGAUGAGCUGGAUGACGACGACAUUGCUGCCAUGGCCUGCAUGCCUGGAGAGAUGUCCAAUUCAGCGUCCGAUAUCUCAGUGCUGGGCCCCGGGGUGUACGGGCCGGGCGGUGAAGAAGCCUCCAGCAAAGCCAGCCCUCAGCUGGAGCGAAUGAACACGGACAUCCACAGCCUCAAGCUGCAGUACCAGAGGCUGAAACAACGUCAGCAGCAGGCACACAUCAUCAUAGCAGCUGCUUCAGCGAAGAAGUCACGAGCAGCCGGCUCACAUCGACUAGGACCCCCGGGGGCCCCAUGCCCCGUCCUCGUGCCGAACAUCGAGAGCCCGACAGCCAUGAACCACCUGUUUGUGGGCAAGGCAUCCUCGAGUGCCAGGAAUCGACUGGUGACGGACGGCCCCCGUAUCUCGGCCCCAAUGGUGAGCCAGCACAACCAGGGACUGCUGGCCAAACAGCUGCAGGCUGUGGCCAAUGCCAAGGCCGUGUCCAAGAGUAAGAGGAUGAGGACCGGCAUCUCCAGCCACUCUGCCGCCCCGAACCCACGGGCCGGCUCACCGAGUGAUUGGUCCGACGGACAGGAAAUACCCAGCUCACCCACACGAGACGGGCGGCUGGACAGCUGUGCCGAGGCGGACGACGUAGAGGUCAGCUUGGCGCACUCGUCCAGCUGCGAGACAGUUACUGAGCAACCUCGGGAGAGGAAGACCACAGAGUCUUCAAGCACGCUGUCAAACUCCCCAAAAUCUUCUGAUUUAAUAUCGUUGGCUUCAGAUGCAUCAUUUGCACCAGCUGCUGAUUUCACUCAAGAAAAGUCUGCUGUAGUAACGUCAUCAGGUGAUUUUUCUGAGCCUGUGUGUGAGAAGAUUGUGAAAAAGUCACUGACUAACCAGACAUCCGAUCCUGUACACCCCAAGCCCGUGUACACUAGUGAUGACUCUUGCAGUACACAGAUCCGAUCAGCUCAUGUGUCAGAGGCCUCUGAAUCGCACGCUUCAACUCUCUCCGGAUCUGAUAGUGAGUCCCCUGUAUUCGCAUCUGAAGGAGAAGCUUUGGAGUCUUCCAUUCAGGUCCUGGUCACCGAAAAAACUGGAGCUGCUGUAAUCGGGGAUGAUGCCGACAAUUUUUUGGGAGACACGUUGGAGCACAAAUCGAUGACAGCCUCUUUGGAUGCUGUCAGGGACGACUCAGGGGUGGAUAGCCCAUCUAGUAACUCUCCCAUGCUAAGCCCUGGGAAAAGACUGGGGGACACACCACACCUCACAGACUCCACUGCUCAUGUGAGCUCAAGAGAAGUCGAUAUUAUUCUUGCCGUGGAGAGAAGGACUUCCACACAAAAUGUCAUCGGUUCUUGUGAGCAGAUUUCGUUGAGCGAAGUUGAAGACAUCAGGGUGUCCUUGGUGCGGCCUGAAACUGAGAAUGCUGCCGUGAGGAUCCCCUGUGGAACAGACGACCAGCUCUGUCUGUCGGGGGACCACGGAGAGGAGUCAUCAUUGGCUGCAGUAUUGAGUGUAGAAGUACAGGACGUGAAGUCAAACACUUGCAGUGACUACAGAUCCACUGACUCUGUAGCAAUUGAUGGGUUGGACAGCCGAUCCUCAUCUGUUAGCGCGGUGGACUUCAGCGACCGCAGUGGCACCAGCAUCGCGACUGACUCAGGAAGUAAGGUCAAGGUUGAUCGUCAGGUAUCCUCCAGCUCCACGGACAGUGCUGUGGAAGUGGCUCGGCUCCUAGACGCGACUGCCGUGACCAGCCCACCUCGCGCCGUACGUUCAGCAUCUGUCGUGGAGACCGUUCCUGUGCCAGAAACUGUUGAUGUGGGGACGACAGAGAGGACUUCUGCCGCUCCAGACGCUACAAGACACAAAGCUAUGACUAAUUCCCGGCGGGACAAAGAUAGCCAUCAAGGGUACAGCAAACCUCGUAGGUCUAGCCAGCCGGUAGUCCGCAGGGUGGGUCACCAGACGAUGGUUGUGGCUCACAAGCCUUCCAUGGAGUCCAGCGAUGGCCAGAGACUUUCUCCUUCCUCAGGGAUGGACAGAGAGGGAGAGAGGUCACCCGGCUCAUCUACAACCUUCCCGACACUCCUCAAGAAAUCCCAGAGACCAUUUAACCCAUUCCCUGUGAAACAUUUCAAUGCUAACAGGGCAAAGACAGGCUUGAAGCUAGGUCUUUACUCGGCCUCCACCAUUGAUCAGUUGAGAGGACUCAAGACUCGCACGACUUCUUCUUGAUACGACUCACCAAGCUAGUCUGCAGUGGCAUUGCUGUCGCUGGUGGCAUCGCUUGUGCCAAUGACCGAACUCUCUAACUGAUGACAUCACACUCACGGAUUACUGUGCUCACCCUCUCUGAGGAUAUCACUCACACUGGAAGGAGUUCAAUCAAGCAUUAAUUAUAUCACAUAUGGACUAAUUAUAACAGGACAUGUGCUAAUGACAUCUGUGCACUGAGGAUGUCACAUGUGCUGAUUAUAACAACACACACAGACUCUGGAAGUACCAAACAUAGUUAUGACAUCACAUAUGCCUGACACACACUGACCACUCUACAGGCGCUAAUGACGUCACUCAUAUUGACUGCUUCAAACACUUUUUAAUCAUCAAAAGAGGAUAUUGUUGAUGGUUUUUCAUGUUGCAAAUUGUUUUAUUUUGAGCUCUGGUAUCUUUGUGACCAAGCUUCAUAUGCAAUGUACUUUUAGGGAACACUGAUUACUACAUAAUUGAUUUGUAGAGACUGCUACUCCUUUGCUUGGACUGACUCGAUAGACCAAGUUGAGAAGUGGCUAUUUAAGGGUGUGUCCAUAAUCACAAUCUUUUUGCUUCGGCAAAGGUGGUACAGAAUCAAAUGAGUUGACUCACACCGUGUUAUAGAAUACAUCACUGACAACUGACUGUUGAGAAAAAGACAAAGAAUUGCAAUACAGGGAUAUCGCAGCAUCUCAUAUUAUGAUCAUUUCCUUUAAGUUACUAUAGAUUAAUAUUCAAGGUUGCUGAAUGAAUUUAUAAAUACCUCAAGCAAGAUGAUAUCAUUUCCUUUUUUCUGCUCCUUGAGUUGUUUUAUUCUGUACCCAACAUGAUGACAACAUUUUCAUGUACAGGCAAAUGUUCAUUUGUGAGGCAGCGUGGUGGAAUCAGGCUCUCGUCAAAAUAAUCAAAGUGAAGAAACUGGCAUU